CGUACCCAUAGAUGGGCAUAGUCAAGGCAGCAAAACGGAAUAGCAAAGACUCAAUAGGAAAUACCAAGAAAGAUGGCUGGAACAGACCAACAAGGGCACGAGAAUUGCCAUAGAGGAGUUCGCGAGAGGGUGGGUGAGUUGCUUAAUUCAUAUGGGCGAAGACACCAACAGUGACUAAUGGCGAGAUGUAUUAGCAGUCCCUUCUUCUUGGUCUGACCCAACAUCCUCCAUAUCAGCAUCCUCGUCAUUUAUCGCAAUCCCAUCUUCUUCAUGAUCUGACCCACCAAAUCCCAUUAACUCUUCAUGUAACUCCGCGUUGCGACACGUUAUGUAACAGCGACUGCACAAGAAAGGUGCAGACCCAGUGCCAUGAAGGAGGAGUAUGAAUGUCUGUGAACACAACUCACAUUCAUGUCUGCCAAAAUGUUCUUCUAAUUCACCCAAUCUGCCGGACUCCAAGAAACGGGUGCCAUCGGAAGCCAACACUGGAACAUCAGAAGGCACCGGCGGAGCUUCAAAAUCAAGUUCAUGAAUACCUUCUUCUAUUGUAACAAUUCUCCAGAUAUUUGCUUCAUCACUAUCGAGUUCCUCAUAUUCAUCGGAAGCCAACACUGGAAAAUCUUCAUGAUCAUAGCCAUCGGAAGCCAACACUGGAACAUCAGAAGGCACCGCCAGAAGGCACCGUCGGAGCUUCAAGAUCAAGUCCAUCAUUUUCAUCUAACAAAAGUUGUGGGUCGAGGUCGAAAUUACAGGAUAUCAAGCAUUUAUCGCAAAUUGUAUCUUCUAUUCUGACCCUCAAGUUCAUUUCAUCUAUCCUUAAGAUCAUAAACUCUCUAAUUAUCAUGCACGUGCAUAUACUAACCUCUCUCUCUCUCUCUCUCUCUCUCUCUCUCCAUCUCUGUAAAAUUCUCAGGCAUCAUAUCUUCACAAGAAGUGCUCAGGUUAUGAAAUGCUCAAUAAAGUAUCUACUUCCUUAUAUAUAUAUGUAUGGGUACGCCACUUUCACCCAAUUAUGACCGUUACUAAACUUAUUUUUCAAAUUCAAAAAUAAAGAAAAUUCUCAGACAUACAAUCUUCACAAAAAGUACUCAGGUUAUGAAAUGCCCACUAAACUGUCUACUCCCUUAUAUAUAUGUAUGGGUAUGCCACUUUCACCCAAUUAUGACCGUUACUAAACUUAUAUUUCAAAAUCAAAAUCAAUUAUGACCUGUAUUGGUAAGAUGAUGACCUUGUGUCCCUGCUCUCCAAAGAGAAAAAUACCCAUUUGGGUGAGAGUGAUUUGGGCUCAGAUGGAUCUGUAAUGGUGGCAAGAAGAGAGGCUGUUGAGUGGAUUUUAAGGGUCAAUGCCCAUUUUGGUUUCACUGCUUUGACCACCGUUUUAGCUGUUGAUUACUUCGAUAGGUUCAAAUCAAGCUUUUGCUUCCAAAGAGACAAGCCAUGGAUGAGUCAAUUAGCUGCUGUUGCUUGUUUGUCUUUAGCUGCCAAAGUUGAGGAGACCCAAGUGCCGCCUCUUCUAAACCUGCAAGUGGAGGGAUCAAAGUAUGUGUUUGAAGCAAAGACCAUUCAGAGAAAGGAGCUUCUGGUGCUCUCUGCUCUUCAAUGGAAGAUGAAUCCUGUGACCCCACUUUCAUUCUUUGAUCACAUUGUAAGGAGGCUUGGACUGAAAACCCAUUUGCAUUUCGAGUUCUUAUGGAGGUGUGAGCGCCUCAUUCUCUCUGUCAGCACUGAUGCAAGGUGUCUGAGUUAUCUUCCAUCUGAGUUGGCUACUGUGACAAUGUUACAUGUUAUUGAAGAGUUUGAGCCUUGUAAUGCAUUGGACUACCAAAAUCAGCUUAUGGGUGUUCUCAAAAUCAACAAGGACAAAGUGGAUGACUGCUAUAAACUCAUACUGGAACUAUCAGGCAACCAUGGUUCUUAUAAGCAAUACCAAACUCACAAACGCAAGUAUCAGUCUGCACCAGGCAGCCCAAAUGGUGUCAUCGAUGCAUAUUUCAGCUGCGACAGCUCAAAUGAUUCGUGGGAUGUAGCAUCAUCAGUUUCGUCAUCGCCCAAACGGCUGUUCAAGAAGAGCAGAAACCAGGAUCAGCAGAUGUGGUUGGCUCAACUGAACCCUGUGUCUGUAGGUGUAUUUGGGGGGCGCGGUUGAUCUUUCUUACUCUAUUAUCUACUAUUUUUGGCCAUGGUAUUAUACAUACUCUCUUUUGCAUAUUAAUUGCAGUAGAUGUUCUUAAGGUGCAACUAUAUGCAUUCCAUGAUAUAUCACUGUAAUUCUGGCCUAAGCUGUGUGUAGCAGACAGAUGCGAAACAUUCCCUCCACUGCUUAUAUAUUUAGGGUGGUGGGUGAGAAGAGAAUUGAGUUGAAUUUUCCUUGCGUUGCAUAUACAAUGCCUCCCUGUCCAGCAUUUUCAGAUCAAACUAGUUUGACUUACGACAUCCUAUUCAUAUGUAGAUCAGUACAUUAUACUCUUUUUUUUUUUUUUUUUAUUGCUUGACAUAUCAUAUGCUCAAUGACACCAUUAGGUGGAUAUAGAAAAGAGAGAUGGAAUUGGGGGGUGCCAAUUCUUCAGUGGUUUUUUCACAUGGAGCUAUUGAUGAAUUGGGAGAGUUUUUCAAUAUAGGACAGGUUGGCAUUGGACAUCUUGCUUGUUAACUGUUUUAUAUUAAAUUGGAAGAUACUGAUGUCUUGAAGACAGGAAUAGAUUGUCGCCUGUGGGAUUUUGGUGGUUGUUCUACAAAGACUUUUGUUACAUGGUUUGACCUUGUUGAAAGGGUACCACCCUAGUUCAAUGACCUAAUGUAGAUGUUUAGGUUUUCAAUACUCUC